GUUAAAAACUUUAUACCGUCCCUGCAAAAAGAAAAACACACCAUCAUGCCGAAGUCGAUGAACGUCAGGGUGACGACGAUGGACGCCGAGCUGGAGUUUGCCAUCCAGCAGACGACCACCGGCAAGCAGCUUUUUGAUCAAGUUGUUAAGACAAUUGGUCUUCGUGAAGUUUGGUUCUUUGGUCUUCAAUACACUGACAAUAAGGGUGAUCUAACGUGGAUCAAAUUGUACAAAAAGCGUGGACUUCCGUUCUUGUCUAGGGUAAUGAACCAGGAGGUCAAAAAGGAGACCCCAUUGCAGUUCAAGUUUCGUGCGAAAUUUUAUCCCGAAGACGUUGCGGAGGAAUUGAUACAGGAUAUCACGCUUCGUCUCUUUUAUUUGCAGGUGAAAAAUUCUAUCCUCAGUGAUGAAAUUUACUGCCCACCUGAAACAUCCGUAUUGCUUGCAUCUUAUGCGGUUCAAGCCAGACACGGUGAUUUUCAAAAAGGAAUUCACACUGCCGGCUUUUUAGCUAACGAUCGCUUAUUACCACAGCGAGUUGUGGAUCAACAUAAAAUGAGUAAAGAAGAAUGGGAGAGUUCGAUAACUAAUUGGUGGCAAGAACAUCGCGGUAUGUUGAGAGAAGAUGCUAUGAUGGAAUACUUGAAGAUUGCUCAGGAUUUAGAAAUGUAUGGAGUUAAUUAUUUCGAAAUUCGUAAUAAAAAAGGAACAGAAUUAUGGUUGGGCGUCGAUGCUUUAGGUUUGAAUAUUUAUGAAAAGGAUGAUAAACUUACUCCUAAGAUUGGUUUUCCUUGGUCUGAGAUAAGAAAUAUUUCUUUCAACGAAAAGAAAUUUAUUAUUAAACCGAUAGAUAAGAAAGCACCAGACUUUAUUUUCUUUGCUACAAGAGUGAAGAUUAAUAAGAGAAUUUUGGCACUUUGUAUGGGCAAUCAUGAAUUAUAUAUGCGUAGACGUAAGCCGGAUACUAUUGAUGUUCAGCAAAUGAAGGCUCAAGCAAGAGAAGAAAAAAUCGCGAAGCAACAGCAAAGGGAAAAAUUGCAAUUAGAAAUUGCAGCGAGAGAACGUGCAGAAAAGAAACAACAAGAGUACGAGGAAAGGCUAAGAAAUAUGGCCGAAGAAAUGGAUAGGCGACAGGCUGAAUUAAACGAAGCUCAAGAGAUGAUCAGACGUUUGGAAGAACAAUUGAAACAAUUGCAGGCUGCGAAGGAGGAAUUAGAAGAUCGUCAAAAGGAAUUGACGGCAAUGAUGGAAAAGUUAGAACUCUCUCAUGAAAUGGAAGCCGCAGAACGUGCUAAGUUGGAACAAGAGAUUAGAGCUAAGCAAGAGGAGGUGCAACGUAUACAGUCCGAAGUAGAAGCAAAAGACGCAGAAGCUAGGAGAUUACAGGAGGAGUUUGAAGCUGCCAAUAGACUUAGGCAAGAGGAAGCCGAUCGAGCUUUCCAAGCUAGUACAACUCCUCAUCAUCAUCAUGUAGAAGAAAAUGAGGAGGGAGAGGAAGAAGGCGAAGAUGAGAUUCCGAAUUGUGAUGUUACUAAAGAUCUUGCUACGGAUGAAUCAAUAAUUGAUCCAGUCGAAGAGAGACGUACUUUGGCUGAAAGAAACGAACGUCUCAACGAUCAAUUGAAGGCGUUGAAGCAAGAUCUUGCACAAUCACGAGACGAAACCAAGGAAACUGUUAUGGAUAAAAUUCAUAGGGAAAACGUUCGUCAAGGACGUGACAAGUAUAAAACGCUUCGUGAAAUUCGCAAGGGAAAUACCAAACGUCGUGUCGAUCAAUUUGAGAAUAUGUAAAAUAUGUGCGUAUAUUUAUCCACACGCCCGAAUGCAUUUUUAUUAUCUCAUUUUUUAAAUUUCAUCUAUUUCGUAUCAUUAUACGAAAUGUUAUUAUUGCACAUGAGAGAUAGAGAAAGAGAGAGAGAGAGAGAGAGAGGAUUCAAUGUCCUACGUAUAUAUCACUAGAUUUUUAUCGUCACUCCUUUGAAUUGAAAAUUAUCAUAUAAUCGAUCUUAAUUCUUGUGCCACGCAACGUAAUUGAUACAUCUUCUUUUUUAUAGCGAUUUAUAUAAUCCUAUCGCAUUGAGACACUAUUCAUUCUCAUCAUCAAUAUCCAACUUAUAAAAUUCGAUUUUAAACACAUUAUGGCAAUGAAUCUAAACUCUUUAUGAGUUUAGCAAAAAAGGAAAGCGACGAGCGAUUUAUUAUAUUACGAUAUCUUCCAAAUAUGCUUCCAUAUAUCAAUUAUGAUUCAAUAUCAAACGCGCUUCAUUCUCAAAAAGUUUUAAGUAUUAAGAUAGAUCACUUGUGUCUUUUCUUCGAGAUCAGAGUUAUAUUUAUCUCUUUAGUAUAAAUAUUUUUUCUUUCUUUUUUUCUUUCCUUCUUUUUUUUAAAUCUUACAAAAAUACUUCUCAUAUUCAUUAGAAUAGUAUUUGGCAAUAAGCUAACUCAUUCUCUCCUAAUCAUAUUUAGCUAUUUUCUAUCUUUGUUCUCGUGCUCGCGUUUAUUAUAAUUCUGUCGUCGAGAAUGUGCUAAGAAUAUUAUUAUUAUGAUCUAUGUUCCUUAUUAUUCGUGUCAUGGACAACAAAAAUUUCGAACGUUCGUCUUCUUCUUUUUCUUCUUUUUCUUCUUCUUCUUCUUCUUCUCUUAUAUAUAUUUUGUUCUCGUCCUAAGUAUUAUCGUUGAUCGGUAAAAAAAAAAAAAAAAAAAAAAAAAAUAGAAAAAAAACGCUUUCAAUAUGGUGCAGACAUAACUUUCCUUUAACAAUUACCACGUUACAUUUUUUUUCAUCACACGUACAGGAUGGAUCAAAGGUUCCUAGAUUAUUUUAAAAAUCAAUUACUCUUUUACGAGAUCGUAGGUCAGUUUAUUUUUUUAGAUUCUAUAACUACAAAUCUAGAAAGGCUUGAAAAAGAGUAAUUUAUUAUGAAAAUCGUAUAGGAAUUUUUUUAUCCAUUCUAUAUAUACCGUCGUUUAUUCUCCGUCCUUCGUUAAAGGAUAACAUUUGAAGAAAUACACACACAAAUACAUAUCCUUCCCUUAGCAUGUAUAUUACCAUUUGACAAUUGUCAAUGAUAACGUGGCGAUAUAUAACUGCAUCUAUGAGUUCAACGAGAUAUAAAUAGUUUUAGAUUUGAGACAAGUGUAUAAAUUAAAAAGUUCGUACUUUUCUCUCUCUCUGAGGGUUUUAAAUGAAUCCGAAUGCAAAGUUGAUUUGUAUUUCUUCUCUUUUUUUUUCUUUUUUUUUUUUUUUUUUUUUUU